AUAUACACCAGCGGAGGUCAAAUCAGGGUGUAAAGUCGCUCUUAAACCGAGUGCUGAGAGCGAGAGAGAGUUUCAAUAUGACUACAGUUAAUAAUAAUAAUAAUAAUAAUAAUAAUGAACAAAAUGAAGAUGAUUGAGAAAAUGAUGAUGAUGGAGGACAAGAUAAUUACGAUAAUGGUGGUGGUGACAGUGAAGCAGAAGAUAAAGAAGCACGAUGAGCUGUUCUGCAUUACUGCGACUUAACCCUGGAGACCGUCACAGACUGCCUUUUGUCUACAGCGCCAUCACUUUUCGCCUGCUCACCUCUAGUCCUGGACAUGGCCGUGGUUUAAAAGAAAGUCUGCGUUUACUGCAGUUGCCCAAGGACAAAGUCAGCAGCCAUGCUGCAGUCAAAGAAGCCUACUUGCGCAUGGCCAAACUCCACCACCCUGAUUCUGGAGCCCCCACUGCUGACGCUGCUUUAUUCUCACAAAUAGAAGAAGCAUAUAGAUUUGUACUAGCCCACCUAGCACAGCAAAAGUCUAGCUUCCAGAGCACUCAGGAAGAGGAGGAGGAGGAGGAGGAGGAAAAGGUUAAAAGGCAUACACCACAGCACAGACACUACCUCAACUAUGAAGGCGUGGGCUCUGGAACACCAAGCCAGCGUGAACGACAGUAUCAGCAGUUCCGUAUGGACAGAGCUACAGAUGAGGUGUUGGAAUAUCGCUACAAAUGCAUGGAAAAAGCAGCGGCAGAAGAGGGAGCCAUGGUUUUGAGGGAUACACGUUUGCGAAGCAAGAAGAUCAAGAUAACACAGGCUGUAGAGAGGCUGGUCGAGGAUCUUAUCCAGGAGUCGAUGGCGCGCGGUGACUUCCGUAACCUAAGCGGUGCUGGCAAACCACUAAGCAAGUUUGAUUACAACCCCUAUGCUGAUCCCAUGACCCACAACCUUAACCGCAUCCUUAUAGAUAACGGUUACCAGCAUGAAUGGAUAGUGGCUCAGAAAGAGAUUAAAGAGACCAUUGGGAAGAUGCGCAAGAGAUUGCUUGAAGUCCGGGCCAGACUAGGAAACCCUAUGAAACACUCGGAGCAGAUCAAGUGGCAAGAACACUGUGCUACUUUCUCUGACGAACUGGCCAAGCUUAACAAGAAAGUGGAUGACUUCAACUUGAUUGUGCCUCUAAUUAGUUGGCAGAUGGUUCAUUUUAAUAUAAACAAAGAGAUGGAGAUAGUACUGAAAGCUGAUCAACAACAUCGAAAGGAAAAGGAGAAAGAGAAUGAGAAAAAGCUCAUGGAGGAGAAAGAAAAUGCAGCUGCCUUUCAGCAAAACUCUUGGCAAAGAUUAAUUAUGUGGAUGAAAAAUCUUCUCAAAUGUAAUGAUGUCUGAAUAACACUGUAUUUUAAAACAAACUGAGGAGGCUGCACAAGACGGUUUACAAUGAUUAUUAUUUAUUUAUUGCAUACAUGGAUAUAUGUGUAUAUAGAGUAUAUAUUAUUAAAAAAUCUGUUUUAAAAAAGAAUUUAUAUUAAAUAUGGCUCAGAUGAAUCACUAUGAUGUACAUUACAAUUAUGUUUUAAAUAAUACUUAAAUUAACCAAAUCAACCAAACAGAGGAGAUUGCACAAGACAUUUAAUUUAUUGUUUAUUAUUAUUUGUGUAUAUAAGAAUAUAGGAUAUAUGGCUCAGACAAAUCAUUAUAAUGUAAA